AUGUCGUCUCUAAAACUCAUUUCUUUAUACAUUUGUGUCGUCUUCCUGACUUUAAUCGGGGUAGUGCACAGCACAUAUGAAUUACAUCCCGAGAUCCAUGGUUACGUGAAACAACACAAAGAAGUAGCAACGUGGGACGAAGCCAAAAAAAUCUGCGAAAAUGAAGGUGCAAUUCUAGCGUCCCCUGUAGACGCACAGCUGCUCAAGUACAUGAAGUCAGUCAUCACUAAGAACAAUCACACCAUUCCACACUUCAUAGGACUCAAAUCGAAACUAGACGGGAAAGCAUCAUUUGUGACUCAAGAAGGUGUUCUACUAGAAGAUAUGCCUGAGGCACUAGACCAGGUUGAGCAGUUGGAUUUAAGAAACGGUGGCUGUUUAUGCAUGGACGGUUACAGUAUACGAGUAGUUCAAUGCUGGACUCGAUUGCCUUACAUAUGCUAUAAAUGUAAUGUCACGGAAGAUGAUGUAACUACCACAGAAAUACCAACAACAACAGGAGCCCCUGAGGAUUGCAACACAGGUUAUUACUUCAAGCCUACAACAGAGAGUUAUUACAAGUUCUACGAUGACAGCCAUGCAGCAAAUUGGGAGGAAGCUAAAUCUACUUGCGUUGCAGACGGUGGUUAUUUGGCUAUCCCUAACACCUAUACGGAGGCGAGAAUAAUGAAGUUCAUUGCAUACCCACUGGGUGCAUAUAGUUGGGCUUUCGUAUAUAUAGGCAUCCGGGAUUUGACUGGAAACAACAUUUGGAGUAGUGUUCGUGGUGAGCCGAUAAAGAGUUUAUACAAUAAUUUCGAUCCGAAGAAAAGCAGAGGCAGCUGUGCGGUUCUGAGACAUGAUGGGUUGUUGGAGCAAUACUCAUGCUAUGACAAAUUGCCAUUUAUUUGUGAAAAGAAUAAUCUUGGUCAGUGUUCAGGAUAA